AAUAAUUUUAUGGCAAAAUUUGCCGUAUUCUGGGAAUUACCGCAAACUGUGUUCCGAUUGAAACGUCGAUUUCAUGGUAACCGUAGACUUGAUGGACAGAUAGUUGUGAUAACUGGUGGCAGUUCAGGUAUCGGUAAAGAGACAGCCUAUCAGAUGUCACUGAGAGGACCAAAGAUUAUAAUCGGUGCCAGAAAUAUGGAAAAAGCCGACGAAGCCAUCAAAGAGAUUAACGGAAGAAACCCGAAGGCAAACAUAACGGCAUUGAAAUUGGAUUUGUCUUCACUCAAGUCUGUCCGUGAGUUUGCCCGACAAGUGGCCGAACAGGAAACUACUGUCGAUGUCCUCAUCAAUAACGCCGGUGUUCCCCUUCCGUGUCCUGAACUGCGUUCACCCGACAACUUUGAGUUGCAGUUGGCAUCAAAUUAUUUGGGUCAUUAUUUAUUGACUUUACAUUUACUACCGUUAAUGAAACGGUCGCCCAAUGCUCGGAUAAUAAAUGUAGUGACCAGUGGCUAUGUUUUUGGACAGAUAUUUAUGGAUAAUAUAAAUCUGGAUAAAGGUGCUUACGGUUCAAUGAAGGCACACCUACAGAGCAAACUAGCGCUCGUACUGUUUACCCGUGAACUGGCCCGUCGGUUAGGUGGCACCGAAAGUACCGUUAAAACCUAUUGUUUGAAUCCAGGGGGUGUUAACGCCCGGAGCACUGGAAACGUGUUUCUCGAUUUUAUCAAACGGUUGUUUAUGUUGAACAUUGAUAUGGGUCCACAAACCUAUCUAUAUUGUGCCUUAGAUGAACAGUUGGAUAAAGAGUCGGGACGUUAUUAUGAUAACUGUAGUCGUGUUGAUCGUAUGGCCAGUCAGGCGACCGACGAUAAGCUGGCGCUCGACUUAUGGAAACUGACCACAGAUUUGGUUCAACUCGAAGACAGUCUUAAACUUUAAUUUAAAAUUUUGUUUUUUUAAUUUAU